AUGGAGCGCUUCGAGGAGGCGGUUCAAGUUGUCUUCUUCCAGCAGGCGCUUCGCUCUCAGGCGGAGCGUGAGCGGCAAGAGAGAGCCCAAGUGUAUCUGGACGAGAUCCUCGCCGCUCCCGAGGGAUGGGCGCACCUCCUGCAGUGGCUACCCGCGCUGGCCUCAGUCGAGGCGCGCUUCUGGACGUUGCAGGCGCUGCUAAACACUGUCUUUCCCUCGAGUUCGCCCCAGCAGAGGCAGACGAUUCGAGAAGGCAUCCUUACCCACUGCAUCCUCAGGCGUCUCCGCGGCUCCGAGGAAAGCGGGGAGGGGACGGCAAGUGGAGACAGCGCACAGGGCCCGGGUGGGGGGUCGUCGGCGGCACUCUGCGAAGGAAGAAGCGGCUCGAGGGCAGGGGAGGAGCGUGGCACGAAUGCGCAGGCCUCAGCUCAGCGAGAGGACGCGGCGGUUAAAAACAAGACUGCCUUGCUGAUCGUGCGCCUCCUUCAAAUCGAUUUCCCCUCGACGUGGCCCUCCGCCUUUCUUGAGCUCCGACGCCUGCUGACCAUCGCGGUAGAAGCGACGACUCUGCUGCCUUCCCCGACCGGUGCAGAGAAGGCGAGUGCACACUCACCGAGAGCGCUUGCCGUUCUCGACGGCUUAGACACCUGCUUGCGGAUUCUUCUCCUUCUUCACCAGGAGAUCGUUGAAGAUCCGUUCGCCCCCCCAGAGGCGGAACAGGCGCGGCGUGAUGCAGAGAUUCGCGCGGGGCUGCGGCAGCACUUCUCGUCUUCCGAGCUCUCCGCAGGGCCCUCGGACGGCGCCUGUGUCUCCUUCUCCCGGCUCCUGCUGCAACUGCUUCAGCUUCCCACCAUUCGCCAAGAUGCGGCUCUUCUUCGCCUCACCUGCGAACUGAUUGGGAGGUACAUCGGCUACAUGGACCUGCUGCUGCCUCCGUCGACGCGCGAGGCGGUCGCGCGGUCGCAGAGCGGCGCCCUCGGUCGGUUGGGCUCUAGCGCCCACGCAGAGGGUGAGACGCGGCCGACGACCGCGGUCGGAGACGCGGACGGCGACGGGGAAAUAGCCACGGAGGGGACUCUCGUGCACCUUCUCCUGGAGACUUGGCUCGCGUGCUCCUGUGAGGAAGCCAGCAACGCGGUCGUUGCUUUCGCCCAUAAAAAAAUGGAGGCGGAAACAAAAGCCCGACUUCUCUCCAGAAUGGGACUGGCCGAGGCACUUCGUGCAUGCACCCAGCAAGUCGCGCAGCGUCCGGAACUCGUCGCGGGAUUUGCGUCGAUGGUCAACACCGCCGCGUCGGCGUUCUUGGAGGCCGCGCAUGCGUUGAAACAGAGAGAGAAGGAAGGCUUGUCUCCCUGCGAGAAUAGCCGAAACGGCGCCACGGGUCCGGGGGGAGAGGAGACGCAAGCCUGUGGCCAGCGUGCCUCGACUGAGAAGCAAAGAACAGGCUGUGGAAAGGAUACCAGCAGGGCUGCGCUGAUGGCCUGGCACCGCGUCUCUCUUCUGCUGCCGGUGAUUGUGGAGCUGUUUGCGUGUCCCGUCAUGGACAUCGCCUUCCGGGUCGAGCCGUUUCUCUCCCUCUUCUGCAACAAAACGCGGUUUCAACGAGACCCGCAGAAAGGUUCCCUGGCCGACAGGAGGGACGAGGCACUCGGCGGAGCGCUUCCCAGCGACUUCUCGACCUCGCAGUCUCUCGCGCCGUUCCUAACCAAUAUGCUUCAGCUGCUCUAUCAGAAGCUGGCUAGCCAGCUGUACAAGCGCGUUUUUCUGGUGCAUCAGGUCCACGCGUUUUCCUGGCUCCAGGAGAUGACUGCGUCGGUCUGCAAUCGCCUGUCGCUGUCGGAGGCCUCUGCCGUGUCCCCGUCUCUGACUUCCCUUCCGUCGAGCGGGUUGCCUGGUUCUCUCUCCUCUACUUCGUCUCCGCUCCCCGCCGAGCCGUCGGCGGCGCUGUGGCGCGAACUGGGCGCGGCGCUGCACUUGCUUCUUCUCUCUGCGGAGCACGUCAAAGACCUGUCUCGGGAGAUGAAAGAUCUGACGCACUGUCUCCCUGCCUGUCUCCUCUCGCUGCUGCAAACGAACGCCGUGUUCCGCUUCUCUGCACUCCCGCCGCCACACGUGCGCCUUCAGCUCCUCGCCGUCCUCGGCCGAUUCGCCCCCUUCUUCUCCCACCACCCAGAGUACCUCCCCACCGCCCUGCAGUUGCUCCUCGGCCCCGCCUUCCUCAAUCUCUCGCCGGCUGCGCUGUCUCCGCCCGAGCCGAAGCGCAGCGGCGCGCGCCUCGCCCGCCUCCAGAGACGCCUGGCGUGUGUGGCAAGCCGCAGCUGCUUGUCUCUCCUGCGUUUCUUGAAGAACACACAGCCGCAGGUCAACGCGUUCACGGUCGACAUCCUCCACGCGCUGCAAUCCGAAAACUGUCUCCAGAUUCCACUCCCCUCUCCGGCCGCACUGACGCUCUCGCGGGGCGCCUUCGAAGCCGCGAGGGACCGCGCGAGCGAGGUGGAAACGACAGGCGCCGCGCUCGUCCCAAACAAACUUUUCUCAGUCGACGACCAGCAGCUGUUGUUCGAGGCCGCCGGCGUGCUGCUCGGCGCGAGAAAUUCCGGCGGGGCGGCGCAGGGACUCCGGGGCCCUCGAGCGCAGCCAGAGGCAGACGGCCAGGCCGACGGCUGCGCGCCGAAUCCGCAGAAGGCCGAGCCUCGCCGGGGACUCUCUCAGGAAGAAAAAAUACGCCUGCUUCAUCAACUGCUUCAACAUCUCGUUCCCGCAUUCGACACCACAAAGCUGUCGAAGUUAUCGAGUCCGGAGGAAGCCGCUUGCUGGGCUCUGUUGUGGGCUCGAACGUGCAACGCCAUCGCUUCUUUAACAAAAGCCUUUCCAUCUUGCGCCGGAGAAGGUCGUGAGUCCUCUGCCGGCGGCGAUCGAACUCGGGAAGUAUGGAAAGAGGCUUUCCAGCAUAUCUCCUACGCUACACAGGUGGCGUUGUCUCCUUCGUCGCUGCGCCCAGAGCUGCGCAACGUGAUUCUUUUCUCUCCGUUUUUUCACUCCUUCGUCUUUCUGCUUCGCCGCGGGCUCCAUCUCCUGAGCUCCGAUAUCCUUCCCGUCAUGCAUGCAACCCUUCCGCUUCUCUAUGAGGCUCUUCCUUCUCCGCUGUCUUCCUCGCGCGCCCUCGAGGCGCCCGAGAGGCUCUUUCUCUCCUCGUCCACUGCAUGCACACCUUCUGGUGCCUGCGGCGGAGCGGCCCCGUGUACGCCGCAAGGCUGCGGCGCGCAGCUCGCCAGUCUCGUCACGUAUUUUCUCGUGACGCUCAAGGAGAAGAGCCUCGUCGCUCAUGGCGGCUUUCUCAGUGAGGAUCUUCUGCGCAACAUUUUCUGGCGUCACUUUACUCUUUGGUGGCGGGCCGAGACGGAAUCUCCGGAGUUUCUCCGAGACCAAGCGGAACUCCAAGAACAACUCUCUCUGCUCCUCAGCACCGUGGGGAAGGAAGUGCCGGCGCUGCUCGCCGGCUUCCUGGCCGCUGACCCCGUGUCGUCGUCAGCCUGCGUCGUGGCGGCCAACAGCUUGGCCAGCAGCGUCGUCGUAGACUUGGCCCCUGCGGCCCCGCCGUCGCUGUCUGUUCUGACUUCUUUCGCGUUUCGCAACGAGGCGUGCCGCGACGCCUUCGUCCGGAACCUGCAGGAAUGCCAGCGCGUUUUCUCCCUUGCCACGCCGGAGGCCUCGACGCGGUCGCCGCCCUUCUACCUGUCGCUAGGCCAAGGCGUGAUCGCCAGCGGUCUCCCGUACUCCGACUUGCGCAACAUCUUUCUCUCGGAGCUCCACGAACUGUUCACUCCGUCGGCCCCUGGGUCGGCCCGCCUGCGCGAGGACAUCUCCCCGCUGCAUGCGGCUCGGGUGGGCGUCUCGUGUUUCCUGCUCUUUUCGAUAUCGUCGGCUAGCGCUCGAAAUUCUGUCUCACUCAUGAACGCGAUUCACGCAUGGUUCGCAGCCCUCCAGCAUGUCUUCGACGCCUUGCCACUCGCCGCAUGGCCUCACCUGCAGCAGGUCCAGACUUUCUUCUCGCGCCACACCCGCGACAAACAGCCCCAGGACGGGGCCGUGCAUGCGGCGGUGCCCUCGCCAGACGUCCAGGAAAAGGCCGCCGACGAAGUCAUGCGCCUCUUGCCCGUCCGGGAGAUCUUCACCGCCACGAGUGCCCUCAUCCUGCAGCUGGAUGUCGCCGCCGAUGCCCAGCAGGCGCGAGUCCUCGGAGACGUUUGCUGUCUCUGGAGACUCUUUGUCUUGGGCCCCGGAGGGACUGUCGCGUCAUGUUCACCGCCGAGUCGGCAGAACGGUGUCGCGUCGUCGCUCUUUGCACUCGCCUCCGUGCUUCCCCACUUCUUCCAGCCCCUUCAGCGCCUGCUCUUCUCCUCUCUCUCCGAUGCCCUCUAUGGCUUUGUUUCGCGAAGAAAGGAGACGGGCGCGGGGAUCGCCAGGCCGGAAAAGCUGGCUGAGGACGCUUCGCAAGCAGCGGCGACACUCGUCCAGAAUCUGGUGCAAACGGCUGAUCUUCGGGCAAGCAAAGAAAACGUCCGUCAGUGGGUGCUGGCUCAGCGGCAGGCGGAGAAGUGA